AUGACCACAAUACCCUCAACAACCAAAUCAAUCGUUCUUCAAACCUCACUGCCAUCCGAAACCCCCACUUGGCACAAAACAUCAAUUCUAGAUGUACCACUUCGUCCCCGAACCAAAGACGAAGUGACGGUCCGAAUCAUUUCCUUUUCUUUAAACCAUCGUGAUGUUUGGAUCCGUAAAGGCCUUUACCCCGGGAUCCUUUCAUCAUCAAUCUUAGGAUCAGAUUGUACUGGAAUCAUCAUCGAUCCAAUUGACCAUCCCUUACACGCUCAACAAGUCCUCAUUUAUCCUGCUCUGAAUUGGUUAAAAGAUCCUAGAGGUCCAGAUAUCAAAGGGAAACCAUUUGGAAUCUUAGGUGGCACAAAGCUCAGUAAAGGUCUUGGAACAUUUACAGAAUACAUCAAUGUACUUUCAUCCCAUUGUAAACCGAUCCCAUCACACAUGAUCGGUCCAAGUGCUGCUUGUAUUCCUUUAGCUGGUCUAACAGCUUACAGAAUCGUACUUACAAAAGCUAAAAUCAAACCUAACAUGAACGUUUUGGUUACUGGAAUAGGUGGUGGAGUAGCUACGUUUGUGUUACAGUUUUGUUUGGCUCUGGGUGCAAGGGUUUGGGUAAGUAGUGGUAGUGAAGAGAAAAUGAAAUUAGCAAAAGAUCUUGGAGCACAAGAUGGAGUAAAUUAUAAACAAAAUGAUUGGCCUAGUCGUUUGGUUUCCUUGUUACCUGAAGAUGAACCUUUAUUAGAUGUUGUGAUCGAUUCAAGUGGAGGUGAUAUUUUGCAAAAGUGUAGAAAACUUUUACGUGAUGGUGGUCAAAUAGUUUCUUAUGGAUCAACCACUGGAUCACCCAUCUCAAUCACCAUGUCAGAAGUUCUAAAAAACUUAGAAAUCAAAACAAGUACUAUGGGAUCUCUACAAGAGUUUCAUGAAAUGAUUGAUUUCAUUGAAGCUCAUCAAAUCAAACCUAUUAUAUUUAAAACUUUAUUGGGUUUUGAAUCUGUAGAAGAAGCUUUUGAAAUUCUUAAAGAUGGUAAACAAUUUGGAAAAGUAGUGGUAGAGAUCUCAAAAGGUUCAACUAGUUUAAAAUUAUAA